AUGUGCGCCAAAAAGACAACCAAAAAACCCAAAUCCGCACGGCAGGACGCCACACCGUCAAAAGAGCAGAAGCCCGCACAAGUCAUAGAACUGUCGUCAGAUUCAAACUCGGACGUCAGCAGCACCGGUGGAAAUGGAGAGAAGCAGGAGCAGCAGCAGCAACCACUAGCCACGCCAGCGACGAAGCGCAAGGCCCCCGAGGAUGCGGCCGGGGAGGACGGCGACGCACCCGCCUCGUCGAGCGCGUCCAAACGACAGCGGAAGCUGGCCGUCAGGGUUAAGCAGGGCGAGGCAUCAGGGGGCGCCGCCGGUGAGGCGGGCAAGGGCGGCGAGGGUGUGGUGGUGCGCAAGACGCACCUGGAAAUCUCGGCGCCCGCCGCGGCGCUCAGCAGCAGCGUCAGGAAGCCCAUGGAGGCGUCGACGCACGUGCGCUUUGGCGACGAGGACGACGACAGCAACGACAAGUUCUUUACGCCGAUGGAGAGGCCCACCAACAAGAACUUGUUUGACGCGGCGGCCAAGAAGGCUCAGGGUGUUGAGGAGGAGAAGGACGACGACGAGGCCGAGUCAGAGUUGGACGAUGACGCGCCGCCCGAAGCGGUCUCUAGCCAUGCCGCGGCGCAUCAGGUCAACGAUCUAGUCAAGCAGGCUGCUAAAGCUGCUGAGCAACAAGCUGCUUCAGAAAGGCUAAAGCGUCAAAGGCGUGACGCCCUCUUCAAGACGCAAGCCAGGAAGCGGGCGCUGGACGAAGCAGAAUCCCCAGCCGCCCCCAAGCCAGCACCAGCACUCCUGCCGGCCGAGUUUCUCGAGUCUGACGACGAGAGCGACGCCGACGAUGAUGGGGAAUCCAGGAAGGUGGAGGCGAGAAAGCCCAAGAAGAUCAAGUUCGAGACGGCCGAGAGGCGGUCCGCCAGGCAGGAGGGCCGGGGCGUGGCCGACCGUCGCGACGGCGACACCGUUUACAAGGUCGUCAGGCCCGUGGCUGACACGCGGCUGGCGCCCCGGGCAAGCAAGCGUACCGCCUUUGACAAGAAGAAGCUCUUGUCGAGGGGUCGGGUCGAGGUGCGGAAGAAAGGUGGAUUUUUGCUCAAGUGA